AAAAUAAACAUGAAAAAGAAAUCUCCUUCUCUCUCUCUCUCUGAACUUUUUAAUGGCGAAUGAUUCGACCGCAGCAUAAAGCUUCCAUUGCAGUCUUCUUCUUCAACUAACUUCUAUCUUUUUUUUUUGCUUUCUUUGUUUUUCUGAAUCUCUCUCUAUUGAAAAAGCUAGGGUUUCAACUUCACUCUGCGUUGGUGCUUAGAUCAUUCCUCCUGUGGGCGCUUGUUGUCGGUUUCAUUUGCCGGAUUUGAUACGGCGGACUGCUGAUUGUAUUAAAGCCUCAGCAAAUGUGUUUUUUUCCGUGAAUUUGGUGUUUGGUUCUGUAGCUGAUGUAUACAAAGCUUGCAGCCGGUGACAGAGAGGUAUUUAAGGCACUAAAAUUGUAGUAUUUCAAUAGCCAAAUUUUCCAAGAGAAGGCUAAGGCAGAUGGAACUUGCCAAGUGCUUGUUUGGAAAAUCUCGAUCAAAAGAGAAAUCUAAGAGUUCGAAAAAGAAGAAUGAGAUUACAACUAACGGCAGAGAUGUUACUAAAACACCACCGAAUGAGGAAGCUCCUUCUAAUGCUACUAAGCAAAAGGCAGCUGCUGCAAAGCAGUAUAUAGAAAAGCAUUACAAGGAGCAGAUGAGAAGUUUGCAGGAACGAAGGGAACGUCGCAAUAUGCUAGAGAGGAAACUGGCUGACUCUGAGGUUUCGGAGGAAGAACAAAACAACAUUUUGAAACAUCUGGAGAAAAAGGAAACAGAAUACAUGCGCCUUCAGCGGCAUAAAAUGGGUGCUGAUGAUUUUGAGCCAUUAACAAUGAUAGGAAAGGGAGCGUUUGGGGAGGUUAGAAUCUGUAGGGAGAAAUCAACUGGCCAUGUAUAUGCCAUGAAAAAGCUUAAGAAGUCAGAAAUGCUUCGUCGUGGCCAGGUUGAGCAUGUUAAAGCAGAAAGAAAUCUACUUGCUGAAGUUGACAGCAAUUGCAUUGUAAAGCUUUAUUGCUCUUUCCAAGACGAAGAGUAUCUGUAUCUAAUAAUGGAAUAUCUUCCUGGUGGUGAUAUGAUGACUCUGCUAAUGCGUAAAGAUACCCUAACUGAAGAUGAAGCCAGGUUUUAUGUUGCGGAAACAGUUCUUGCAAUUGAAUCUAUACACAAGCACAAUUAUAUUCAUAGAGAUAUCAAGCCCGAUAACCUGCUACUUGAUCGUAGUGGACACAUGAAAUUGUCGGAUUUCGGAUUAUGUAAACCACUGGAUUGCAGUAAUAUUCAAGGAAUGGAUUUUUCCGUGGGAAAAAGCUAUAGUGGAUCUCUUCAAAGCGACGGGCGUCCUGCAGCCCCUAGGCGCACACAGCAAGAGCAACUGCAGCACUGGCAGCGAAAUCGGAGGAUGCUUGCUUAUUCAACCGUUGGUACCCCGGAUUAUAUUGCUCCAGAAGUUCUUCUUAAAAAAGGAUAUGGGAUGGAGUGUGAUUGGUGGUCACUCGGGGCUAUAAUGUAUGAGAUGCUUGUUGGGUAUCCACCUUUCUAUUCAGACGAGCCCAUGUCUACAUGCCGAAAGAUAGUAAACUGGAAAACUCACUUAAAAUUUCCGGAAGAGGCGAAACUAUCACCAGAGGCAAAAGAUCUUAUCUGCAAACUUCUAUGUAAUGUAGAGAAAAGGCUUGGUACAAGAGGAGCCGGAGAGAUUAAGGCUCAUCCGUGGUUCAAUGGAAUUGAAUGGGAUAAGUUGUAUCAGAUGAAAGCUGCAUUCAUUCCAGAAGUUAAUGGCGAACUUGAUACUCAGAACUUUGAAAAAUUCGAAGAGUCUGAGAGUCAGGUUGCAUCAAGCACAAAAUCCGGUCCCUGGAGAAAGAUGCUUUCAUCCAAGGAUGUCAAUUUCAUGGGCUACACCUACAAGAAUUUUGAAAUUGUGAAUGAACAUGAGGUUGCUGGAAUAGCUGAAUUGAAGAAGAAGAGCACCAAACCGAAGAGACCCACCGUGAUGUCCCUCUUCAACGAGGAGCCCAACUCAGAAGACGUUCAACAUGCACAAGGAAGCUUUCUUAAUCUACUGCCUCCCAAAUUAGAAGCCUCGAAACCUGGCGACUCGUAGUACUCGCAAAUCUGUCUAUAGAAAUGCUGCAACGAUCUGUUGAUAGGACCGGAAGCAUUGUUUUUAUUAAGAUUGUUUUCAAGUGAAGAAUCGCGCUUGUUGGAGCUGUUUUCCGUCUGGGGUGUUCUUAAAAGUGUAAGCAUCCAUGAUGAAGGCAGGUUUUGCCCAAAGUCCAUAUGCUACUGUGUGUAAAUUAUACAUCAAGAAUGUAGAUACACAUUCUUCCAUAUUUUUUUUAACAGCUUAUCGCCCUUGUGCUGUAAUUCAUGUCUUGUAUAAUUCUCAUAGGGUUUUUUUUUUUUUUUUUUUUUUUUUUUCUAACACAUUUCAGUGUUGAGAAUGUUAUGGGAUUUUGCUCGGCCAGUGUUAUGGUGUUGUGAGAACAUUGUAUAAUCCACUUUAAUCUCCUUGAUUUAGUCUUUGAAUUGAAUUUCUC